AUGAGCGAAACAACAACAUCUAACAUUACAGAAGAAGUCAAUGACAAUGCCGAUGAAAACAUUACAGAAGGAGCUAGUGAAAAUAUUGACGAGUUCAGUGAGGAAGAAGAUAUUGAGGACGUCAAUGAGAACGUUAGUGGGGAACAAACUCAAUGGGAAACAUUGAGAAAUCAUGAAGAUUAUGAGAUUUGUACGACAUAUCCUUUUACUAUUCGUCGAAAGAAAGACAAACAUAUUAGAGUGAAUGCUUAA